CGUAUGACUAAACCGUUAAAUAUAAGAUAAAAAAAUAAGUCAAAAUAUAUAUCACGGUCAGCAAUUGUCAUUCUGCAUAAUUAAUAUAAUAAAGUUAAAUUACUAGUGUGUUAAGUGAUAAAUUAUUCGAACACGACGUAUCCAGUUUAUCGUCGACGUAAAAAUAAUUAAAAUAUACAACAAUAAUGUUUUCAAGUGGCCCGAAUUAUACAAAACUCAAGACCAAUUUGCGGUUGGCAAUAAACAGGUUAAAAUUAUUGGAAAAAAAGAAAACAGAAUUGACGCAAAAAGCGAGAAAAGAAAUCGCCGAUUACAUCGCGGGCGGGAAAGUUGAAAGAGCAAAGAUAAGAGUCGAGCACAUCAUCCGCGAGGAUUAUAUGGUAGAAGCCAUGGAGCUGAUGGAAAUGUACUGCGAUUUGCUGCUCGCCAGAUUCGGACUUAUCCAGCAGAUGAAAAACCUAGAUGACGGUCUAGCAGAAGCGAUAUCGACAAUCCUCUGGGCAGCGCCGCGUAUGCAAACUGACGUCCAGGAGAUGAAAGUAAUCGCUGAUGUCCUGACCUCAAAAUACGGGCGGCAGUACAUGGAAGCGUGCAGAGACGAAGCCGUGCCGACCAUCUCCGAGAAACUGAAACACAAAAUGAGCAUUCAGUCGCCAUCGAAACUCCUGGUCGAGAAGUAUUUGAUAGAAAUAUCCAAGAACUACAACAUCGAGUACGAGCCGGAUCCCCAGGUGAUGGCAGAGGGUCAGGACGCUGUGCUGAUCGACGUGGGUGGAGAAGUUCCUAAUAAUCUGGAUGUGGCUGGUGGUGGUCCGCAGCCUGUUGGUUUUAUUGGAUACCCGCAGCCUCCAUUGCUGCCCAGUGGUCCUUCGAACAUCAACGCCUUUGGCUCUGGAGAAAAACACAGCGGGCCAGCGAUGGGUUUUAUGUCACCUGGUGCUCCAAUGAUGCCAGAAAAAGAUCAGAAUGUUCCGUUUAAUCCAUCAGCGCUGUCUUAUAAUAUUCCUCUGGACAAUGCAAAUAUAAAUAAACCAGAUGAUGAUCUGCCACCGCCAUACUGCUCAUUCCCGCCAGACUUGAAUAAACAAUCAGACAAUACACCAAAACCUCAACCGCGCUCCAAAAUGCCCAACGAUUUCCAAUUACCUGAGCUACCAACCGUACCAACAGACAACGCUUCGCCGGACAAUCCUGGCGCCAACAAUGACGACAUUGAUUUCGAUGACUUGAUGAAACGCUUCGAAGAUUUGAAAAAACGAAAGUAAUUUCGUCUUAAAAUUUUACUUUUUUUAAUUUCUUUUAUCACUAUCAGAUUACAUACUUAUAUAAAAUAUCUAUCAAGUAUUACAUCUUUUAUUAAUUUCUUUUGCUUUUUUGUUAGUGCCUUUUUAUCAAUUAUAUUAUCAAAAAUAUAUACGGGCUAGUAUAGUAUACUACUAAGUGCUGAUGUAUAUAGAAAGUGUACAGACAUUAUUAUAAGCAAAGCUAUCUUUAUUAAUUUUUUUAAAUAUACAUAUAUCUAGCUUCCAA